CAUUUCUGUCGCCAUGUCGCGACCGCUGAGCGACGAGGACCGGCGGCGACAGAUCAGCGUGCGGGGCCUGGCGGGGCCCGAGAACGUGGGCGAGCUGAAGCGCAACUUCAACCGGCACCUGCACUUCACCCUCGUCAAGGAUCGCAAUGUCGCGACAUCGCGCGACUACUACAUGGCGCUGGCACACACCGUGCGCGACCACCUGGUGGGGCGCUGGCUGCGGACACAGCAGUACUACUACGAGAAAGACCCCAAGGUGGGGGUUUGGGGGGGUCCUGGAGGGGUCUGGGGGCUGCACAGCCAGCAGUGCCAUAAUGAGGAAGAGUCCGAAAUGGGGGUUGGGGAGUCCUGGGGGAUUUUGGGGGUCCUGGAGGGGGCUCAUCCAGUCCCCCUGGAGAUUUUGGGGGGUGGCGCUUUUGGGGUUCCCUCCCUGUGGAUGUGAACAUCGAGGGGGAGUUGGGGGGGGUCUCUGGGCGGGUUUAGGGGUGGGGGUCUCAGGUGUUGCGCCCCCCCCCAGGUGGAGGAGGCCGAUGAUUGGCUGCGCUACGGGAACCCCUGGGAGAAGGCACGGCCCGAGUACACGAUCCCCGUGCGGUUCUACGGGCGCGUGGAGCACGGCCCCGAGGGAGCCAGGUGGCUGGACACGCAGGUGGUGCUGGCCCUGCCCUAUGACACACCUGUCCCCGGCUACCGCAACAACACGGUCAACACGCUGCGCCUGUGGUCAGCCCGCGCCCCCAACGACUUCAACCUCAAGGACUUCAAUGUCGGGGGGUACGUCCAGGCCGUGCUGGACCGAAACCUGGCCGAGAACAUCUCCCGAGUGCUGUACCCCAACGACAACUUUUUCGAGGGCAAGGAGCUGCGGCUGAAGCAGGAAUAUUUCGUGGUGGCCGCCACGCUCCACGACAUCGUCCGGCGCUUCAAAUCCGCCAAAUUCGGCAGCCGCGACCCCGUGCGGAAAUCCUUCGAGAGCUUCCCCGACAAGGUGGCGAUCCAGCUGAACGACACCCACCCCUCGCUGGCCAUCCCGGAGCUGAUGCGGAUCCUGGUGGACGAGGAGCACCUGGCAUGGGACCAGGCGUGGGACAUCACGGUGCGCACCUGCGCCUACACGAACCACACGGUGCUGCCCGAGGCGCUGGAGCGCUGGCCCGUUCACCUGCUGGAGUCGCUGCUGCCGCGGCACCUGCAGCUCAUCUACGAGAUCAACCAGCGCUUCCUCGACCGCGUGUACGCCCUGUUCCCCGGGGACCUGGACCGGCUGCGGCGGAUGUCGCUGGUGGAGGAGGGCGCGGUCAAGCGCGUCAACAUGGCGCACCUGUGCAUCGUGGGCGCGCACGCCGUCAACGGCGUGGCCGAGAUCCACUCCCAGAUCCUCAAGGACAGCGUGUUUAAGGAUUUCUACCAGCUGGAGCCCCACAAGUUCCAGAACAAAACCAACGGCAUCACCCCGAGGCGCUGGCUGGCGAUGUGCAACCCCGGCCUGGCCGAGGUCAUCGCGCAGCGCAUUGGGGAGGAUUUCGUGUCCGACCUGGACCAGCUGCGGCGGCUCCGGGAUUUCGUGGACGACGAGAGCUUCAUCCGGGACGUGGCCAACGUCAAGCAGGAGAACAAGGUGAAGUUCGCGGCGUACCUGGAGAAGGUGUCGGGGGUGCGGGUGAACCCCGCCUCGCUCUUCGACGUGCAGGUGAAGCGCAUCCACGAGUACAAGCGGCAGCUGCUGAACUGCCUGCACGUCAUCACCCUCUACAACCGGAUCAAGAAGGACCCCGGGAAACCUUUCGUGCCCCGAACCAUCAUGAUCGGGGGCAAGGCCGCCCCCGGGUACCACAUGGCCAAGAUGAUCAUCCGGCUGGUGACGGCCAUCGGCGACGUGGUCAACCAGGACCCAGCCGUGGGCGACCGCCUGCGGGUGCUGUUCCUGGAGAACUACCGGGUGUCGCUGGCCGAGAAGGUGAUCCCGGCUGCGGACCUGUCGGAGCAGAUCUCCACGGCGGGCACGGAGGCCUCGGGCACCGGGAACAUGAAGUUCAUGCUGAACGGGGCGCUGACCAUCGGCACCAUGGACGGCGCCAACGUGGAGAUGGCCGAGGAGGCGGGCGAGGAGAACCUCUUCAUCUUCGGCAUGAGGGUGCCCGACGUCGAGGAGCUCGACAGGAAGGGGUGCGGGGCCGGGCAGCGCUCAGCCCGAGUGACCGCGGCGGAGUGACCGGGGCGGAGUGAC